AUGAAUAACAUAAUAUCAUGGACCGCUGAAGACGAAGCCAUCAUUGCAACUAAUACCGAUGCAACAGAAUGCAAGCGGUGUGCUGUUGAUUUAGGGUAUUGGAAAGAUGAUUACAUUAUAUAUUUUGCAAAACAUGUUGAUAGAAAGGCACCCGAAAUCAAUCGAGGCUACUAUGCCAGAGUGAAGGCUAUGGAAAUGUUUAUACAUCAGUUUUUGGAGCGGUGCGGAACUAAAUGCCAAAUAAUUAAUUUAGGAUGUGGUUUUGACACUCUUUACUGGAGAUUAAAAGAUACAACACAAGCAGUUGGAAAUUUUAUUGAAUUAGAUUUCCCAUCAGUUACUGCAAAGAAGUGUCAUAUUAUCAAAAGGAAUAAACAACUACUUGAAAAAAUUUGUAAUGAAGACGGGGAGGUGGUGAUCCGGUCGGGCGACCUGCACUCGGACGGGUACCACCUGCUGGGCUGCGACCUACGCUGCCUGGGCGAGGUGCGGCGCAAGCUGGCGGCGGGCGGCGCGGCGGCCGAGGCGCCCACGCUGCUGCUGGCCGAGUGCGUGCUGGUGUACUUGCGGCCGGACGCGGCGCAGGCGCUGCUGGAGCACCUGGCCGCCGCCUUCCCGCGCUGCGUGCUGCUGAUGUACGAGCAGUGCAACCUGGGCGACAAGUUCGGCGAGAUGAUGGUGCGCAACCUGAGCGCGCGCGGCUGCGCGCUGGCGGGGGAGCGCCACUGCCGCGCGCCGGCCGCGCAGGCCGAGCGGCUGCGGCGGCUGGGCUUCGAGGCGGCGCGCAGCUGGGACAUGGACACCGUGUGGCGCGCGCUGCCCGACGACGACCGCGCGCGCGUCGAGGCGCUCGAGAUGCUGGACGAGCGCGAGCUGCUGCAGCAGCUCAACGCGCACUACGCGCUCACCGUGGCCACGCGCGGCGACCUCUUCGCCGACCUCGACCUCAACGCC